CCCAGGGUAGCGUAUCAGGCGCCGUUCCCGCUUUCGGAGCGGCAAAAGCGGUGGCUGCGGAGCCUUCAAAAUGGCAAGCCUAGUUCCCAUCUUCUACGUCGGUCCUCUGCGCGCUUCACAAACUCUAAUCAAGAGGAGGCAUCAAUUAGAGUUUGCUUUGGGUAGAGUUACGAGUAUGGUAACAAGUUGUCACACAGCUCAAAAUGUUCUUGGCUCCUUCGUCAGUUCAAAUAAAGGCGUAUUGUCUGUGAAUCAAAUUUGUCAUCAUCACUUAGAGGCAUUUAUAUCGGGAACUCAGUCUCUUAAUUUGAUUGCUGAUUGUUGCACUGAUAUAGUAAUAUCGGGAUAUUGGGUAGGACCUGAUAUCGAUGACGGGUGGGGAUUUGUGGAAGCUGUUAUUAACCAAGUUAGUUGAUUUUGUUGUCUCGACAAAGAGCUGAUUUCUGUGUGCUUCGAAUAAGAGAUGCAAGUGCCGCUUACUAUUUUGGU